AUGGGUGCCAGCGACCAGGACGGAAACCACCAGGAGCGGCUCGAGCGGGACGUCGCGGCUACCCCUGCCGAUGGCGAGAAGAGGGAGCACAUUGUGCGCCGAUCUCAGCUCUUUGGCGCGGACGAGCCUGCGGUCUCUGGGACCGAGCCCCAGGUCAUACCCACCCAAAGAAACACCUCUUACCAGAACGCCGUCGACGCGUCGCCACGCGGGUCGUCUGGCUCCUCCGGUCACACUGUUGCUGGGGACAAUGCCAACCUCAAACCCGGCGCCAUCGGCCAGCACCCGUCCGCCUCGUCCUCGCUCGACUUUGUCGGCGAGAUGGAGAAGCCCAAGGGCGUCUCGGUCAGGCGGGGCAAAGAGGAGUUUGCUGCGCUAGAGCGGCGGUAUUCCAACAUGUCGCAGCAAUCGGGCGAUCUUCAGCGGUCCAACACCCGGCGAUCCGUUCUCGGUCGCAAGCCCUCGCGCGUGGCCGAAACCAAGGACGUCGAGAAGGGCAAGCAGGACGAGGAGGAGUUUGAUCUGGCGGGGACGCUCAGGUCGGGGCGCGAGAAGCAGGACGAGGCGGGAAUCCGGCACAAGCAGGUCGGAGUGGCCUGGGACGACCUCGAGGUCAUUGGGGGUGGUGGGAUGAAGAUCAACAUUCGCGCCUUCCCCAACGCUAUCGCCGAGCAGUUCAUCAUGCCGGUCAUCUCCCUCCUCGGUCUCUUUGGCUACAAUCCCCUCGCUCCCAAGCCAAACACCAUUCUGCACAAGAACUCGGGUGUGCUCAAGCCAGGGCAGAUGUGCCUUGUCCUCGGUCGUCCCGGUGCCGGGUGCUCUACCUUCCUCAAGUCCAUCUCCAACCAGCGCGAUGGGUUCCUAUCGGUCGAGGGGGAUGUCUCUUACGCAGGAGUCGGGUCCAAAGAAAUGGGCAAGCGUUUCGGAGGGGAAGUAGUCUACAACCAAGAGGACGACGACCAUCUUCCCACCCUCACCGUCGCUCAAACCAUCCGAUUUGCGCUCUCAACCAAGAACCCCAAGCGCAAGAUCCCCGGCGUCACCGACAAGCAGUUCCGCGAGGAAGUGCUCGAGCUCCUCCUCUCCAUGCUCAACAUCAAACACACCGCCAACACCAUCGUCGGUAACGCCUUCAUGCGCGGUGUCUCGGGCGGAGAGCGGAAGCGUGUCUCAAUCGCCGAGAUGUGGUGCGGAGGCGGUGUUCUCGGAUCUUGGGACAACUCUACCCGUGGUCUCGACGCAUCUACCGCUCUCGACUAUGCCAAGUCGCUGCGGCUCCUGACCGACAUUAUGAAGCAGACCACCUUUGUCUCGCUAUACCAGGCCGGCGAGGGUAUCUACCAGCAAUUCGACAAGGUCAUGGUCCUCAACGAGGGGCACGUCGUCUACUACGGUCCCGCCAAGGAAGCCCGCCAGUACAUGAUCGGUCUCGGCUACAAGGAUCUUCCCCGUCAGACCACCGCCGACUACCUCACCGGGUGCACGGACCUCAACGAGCGGCAGUUCGCCGAUGGCAAGGACGCCGAGUCCGUUCCGUCUACUCCUGCGGCCAUGGAGAAGGCGUACAAGGAGAGCGAGAUCUGCCGCCGAGAGAUUGCCGAGAAGGAGGAGUACCAGAAGCUACACGCAGAGACGUCCGAGGCGAGGGAUGAGUUUAGGCAGGCUGUCCAGGAUCAGAAGCACAGAGGUGUCGGCAAGAAGUCCCCAUACACUGUUCCCUUCGCCUCGCAGGUUUGGGCUUUGGCAAAGAGGCAGACCAUCCUCCGUUUCCAGGACACUUUUGGAAUCUACACCGGUUACGCCACCUCCGUCAUUGUCGCCUUCAUCGUAGGAAGCACCUUCUUCCAGCAACCUACCUCGGUCUCCGGAGCUUUCACUCGCGGCGGUGUCUUUCUCCUAUUUAACGCUCUUACGUCAUUCUCUGAACUGCCCGGGCAAAUGAUGGGUCGACCUAUCCUCUACAGACAAAACGGCUACCGCUUCUACAGGCCGGCGGCGUUCGCCGUCGCUGCCGUCUUGGCUGACAUCCCCUACAACGCGUCCAACAUCUUCUUGUUCACUAUCAUCACGUACUUCCUCAGUGGGCUCUACACAUCCGCCGGCGCAUACUUUGCUUUCUACCUCUUUGUCUUCCUCGGCUUCAUGGUGAUGGCUGGGUUCUUCAGGACGCUCGGGGUAGCCACUAAGGACUACAACGUUGCUGCUAGACUGGCGAGUGUCUUGAUCUCAAUCAUGGUCACAUACGCAGGAUACAUGAUCCCCGUCUUCGCGAUGAAGCGGUGGCUGUUCUGGCUCUUCUACCUCAACCCGCUUUCUUACGCCUACGAAGCCCUCUUCGCGAACGAGUUUGGCCGCAUCGACCUCACCUGCGACACCAACUACAUCCUUCCGCGCAACAUUCCUGCUGCCGGCAUCACCGGAUUCCCCGACACCGUAGGAGCCAACCAGCUUUGCGCUCUCCCUGGAUCCACUCCGGGCUCCAACGUCGUCUCUGGUACCGCCUAUAUGAACGCGGCGUUUACCUACUACUCGUCCCACAUUUGGCGUAACUUUGGCAUUUUGAUCGGAUUCUUCAUCGCCUUCCUGUGCCUGCAGAUGUUCUUCAUCGAGACAUUGAAGCAAGGUGACGCAAAGGCCGCAGUUGUAGUCUUCAAGAAGGAGGACAAGGACUCGAAGGAGAGGAACAAGAGGCUGGAAGACCGCAAGCUCGACUUCAGGGCGGGCAAGCUCGACCAGGACGUUUCCGGACUCGGCAUGGCCCCCAAGGCUUUCACCUGGGCGGGUCUCAACUACACGGUACCAAUCAAGGGCGGUGAGAAGCAGCUACUGAACGAUAUCUGGGGAUACGUAAAGCCGGGAUCGCUCACAGCGUUGAUGGGCGCUUCAGGCGCCGGCAAGACCACCCUUCUGGAUGUCUUGGCGGACCGUAAGACCACGGGUACCAUUACAGGGGACAUUCAAAUGGACGGACGCAAGAUCGAUGCUUCUUUCCAGCGGGGAUGCGCCUAUGCUGAGCAGCAAGACGUACACGAAUGGACUGCGACCGUCCGGGAGGCCUUGCGCUUCUCUGCCUACCUUCGCCAGCCCCAGAGCGUGCCCGUCGAGGAGAAGAACGCAUACGUCGAGGAUAUCAUCGAGCUACUCGAGCUUCAGGAUUUGGCGGAUGGAAUGGUCGGAUUCCCUGGUUUCGGUCUCACCGUCGAAGCUCGCAAGCGUCUUACCAUCGGUGUCGAGCUUGCAGCCAAGCCAGAACUCCUCCUCUUCCUGGACGAGCCGACCUCCGGUCUCGAUGGCCAGAGUGCCUACAACAUCGUUCGAUUCCUCCGCAAGCUCACCGCUGCUGGCCAGAAGAUUCUCUGCACCAUUCAUCAGCCGAACGCUCUUCUGUUCCAAUCCUUCGAGCGGCUCCUUCUCCUCCAGCGUGGUGGCGAGACCGUCUACUUCGGUCCCAUUGGCGAGGAUUCUAAGGAUCUGAUCGGGUACCUCGAGAGGAACGGCGCGGAGGUUCCGAAAGACAUCAACCCCGCCGAGUUCAUGUUGGAGGCGAUUGGUGCUGGUUCCCAGAAGAGGAUUGGUGGCGACUGGGGAGAGAAGUGGCGCAACUCGCCUGAGCUCCAGGAAGUCAAGGAGACCGUUCGGCAGCUCAACGAGGAAGCUCUUGCAAACAACCAUGAGGACAACACGAAUCACAAGGGCUCGGAGUAUGCUACCAGCGUUUGGUUCCAAUUCAGGACUGUGUUGACGCGGACCAACGUCGCCUUGUGGCGAAAUGCCGAUUACCAGUGGACUCGUGCUUUCGCCCAUAUCGCCAUUGCUCUGGUCGUCGGCCUUACCUUCUUGCAGCUCGACACCAGUUUGCAGAGUUUGCAAUACGUAAUCGCUGUAUUCUUUGCUACCAUUCUCCCAGCGCUCGUGCUGGCUCAGAUUGAGCCGCAGUACAUCAUGUCCAGGAUGACUUUCGCGAGAGAGUCCAGCUCCAAGAUGUACAGCUCUACCAUCUUUGCAUUCACUCAGUUCCUCGCCGAGCAGCCGUACUCUUUGCUCUGCGCAACUCUCUUCUUCGUCCUGCUAUACUACCUGGUUGGCCUACCGUACGAGUCCUCAAGAGCAGGCUAUAUCUUGAUCACCGAAAUUUAUGCUGUCACCCUUGGCCAAGCUGUUGCGGCCCUCUCUCCUUCAAUUACAGUUGCGGCGCUCUUCAACCCUUUCCUUCUGGUGACCUUCAGUCUCUUCUGCGGAGUUCUGACCGGUGGUCCCAGCGGCAUGCCCUACUUCUGGAGCUCCUGGAUGUACCAACUCGAUCCGUUCACCAGGUUGAUCUCGGGGCUCGUAUCUAGCGUGCUCUACCAAGUAGAGGUCGUCUGCCAGUCUACCGAGUUCAAUCGGUUCACCCCACCCAACGGCCAGACCUGCGGCGCUUACGCCAGCGCGUUCGCUACCGCCGUCGGAGGCUACAUCAACAACCCCUCGGCUAUUGCCCCCGCCACCUGCGAGUUCUGUCAGUACCGAGUCGGCCAGAGCUUCUAUACGCCACUCGCUAUCAGCUUCGACACGCGAUGGAGAGACUUGGGCAUUUUCAUUGCCUACUGUGUCUUCAACGUUGCUGUGCUUCUCCUCGCGGCUCGCUUCUUGUCUUAUACCAAGCGGUAG